UGUCAUUGGCGGUCCACUGCCAAGAGGCGAAGAAGUGACAACAGUUUGAUCAGUACUUCCCAACUUAAUAAUUUACGGCGUGCAGGGUCAAAGCAAUCCCUCAGGAGUCAUGCACGAAGUUACGGGCGCUCAGCUCAUUGCUGAGUCUCUGAAGACGCAGAAAGUGGAGUACAUGUUUGGGAUAGUCGGUGUUCCUGUCAUUGAAGUGGCCAUGGCUGCUCAGGCAGCUGGGAUCAAAUAUGUGGGGAUGCGUAACGAGCAGGCGGCGUGCUAUGCUGCGUCUGCGGUUGGAUACAUAACAGGGAGACCAGGAGCAUGCCUGGUGGUGUCUGGACCUGGACUCAUCCAUGCACUGGGCGGGAUGGCCAACGCUAACAUGAACUGCUGGCCAGUGAUUGUGAUUGGAGGCUCCUCGGAUCGAAACCAGGAAACAGCAGGAGCCUUUCAGGAGUUCCCUCAGGUGGAGGCGUGCCGCCUGUACAGUAAGUUUUCUGCCAGGCCAAGCAGUCUGGAAGCCAUCCCCUCAGUCAUAGAGAAGGCGGUACGCACCAGCAUAUAUGGGCGCCCGGGUGCUGUUUACGUGGACAUCGCAGGCGACAUGGUCAAUGCUAAAGUAGAGCGGAAUGAAGUCAGGGAAUUGUCCUGUUGUCCACCUCCACCUGUGAGUCUGGCUGCCAGUGCUGCGGUUGAAAGGGCCAUCUCUGUCCUAAAAGCAGCAAAGACACCUUUAGUCAUCAUUGGAAAGGGAGUGGCUUACGGCAGAGCGGAGGCUGCGAUGCAGGAGUUUGUGGAGGGGACUGGGCUGCCGUUCCUCCCCACACCAAUGGGGAAAGGAGUCCUGCCUGACGAUCAUCCCAACUGCGUGGCCGCUGCCCGCUCCAGAGCGCUUCUUCAGGCCGACGUCGUGCUUCUGCUUGGAGCCAGACUGAACUGGAUGCUGCAUUUUGGUCUGCCACCCAGAUUUAAUCCUCAUGUUAAGAUCAUUCAGGUUGACCUCUGUGCUGAGGAGAUGGGAAACAAUGUGAAAGCAGGUGUUGCUCUCCUGGGGGACAUUGGUGCUAUCGUAACUCAGCUUCUGACGUGCGUCCGCAAAGACGGCUGGAAAUAUCCCUCAAACACAGAGUGGUGGGGCACACUCAGCGAGAAGAUUGCUGCUAACGCAAAAAUAUCAAAGGCUCUUGCUCUUAAGGGAACAUUGCCCAUGAACUACUACACCGUGUUUCAUCACAUUUCCCAGCUGCUUCCACAUGACUGCAUCAUUGUUAGCGAGGGUGCCAACACCAUGGAUAUCGGACGCACCAUGCUAAAUAACUACCUACCCCGACACAGGUUGGACGCGGGCACUUUCGGUACCAUGGGAGUCGGCCUUGGCUUUGCUAUAGCAGCCGCUGCUGUGGAGAGGACCAAGAUCAAACCCCAAAGAGUCGUCUGUGUGGAAGGAGACAGCGCCUUUGGCUUCUCCGGCAUGGAGGUUGAGACCAUGUGCAGGUAUAAUCUGCCUGUGAUCAUUAUUGUGGUCAAUAAUAAUGGCAUUUACAGUGGAGUAGAUCCUGACACAUGGAAAGAAAUGGCAAAAAUGGGUGACCUGACCUCCAUAGCCCCUCCUGUGUCCCUCCUGCCUGAGGCCCGCUACGACGAGGUAAUGACGGCAUUUGGAGGUCGAGGGUUUCUGGUGAGAACUACGGAGGAGCUGCGUGACGCCUUGCAGCUCAGCCUGGAUGACUGGGAGACACCGAGUCUGCUCAACGUACUGAUUGACCCUUCAUCUGAUAGAAAGCAGCAGGAGUUUCCUUGGCUCACACGCUCCAGUCUUUAAGACUCAAACCUUUGUCCAGAACAUCAUCUGAGGAGCAGUGAUGGGUUUCUUCUGGAAGCUUUUAAAGAAUGAAGCUGCUUUAAUUUUAUGGAUUGUUUCUAUGAAAUAAUUAAUUUUUGAUGAUUCUUAACAUUUUACUGUUUAUACAGCGAAGCUUUUUUCUUAACAAUAAAUAAUAAUUCAGUAUUUUCUUCUGAAAAAGGCUGUAUGACCUGUCAAGAAAAUAAAUAAUAAUCUUUAAUUUUAAAAAAUUUUCUUAAAAUAGCAAACUAAUAAAAAGUAAUGAAAAAAACUAAAGCUCUCUAUGAUUUCUCACCUUUAUGAGUCCAUCUUCAGAAUGAAUAAGCUGUGUAUGAGCUAAACAAUGAUGACGCACCAUUAGGAAACAACUCUUCACACAAAAAAUACAACUAUGCAUUUAUA